AUGGGAAAUAUAUUUGUGAAGAAACCGAAGAUAACAGAUGUUGAUCGAGCCAUUCUCUCUCUCAAGACUCAAAGACGCAAGCUUGCCCAAUAUCAAGGACAGCUUGAAACUGUGAUUGAAGCGGAAAAGCAAGCUGCUAAAGAUUUGAUUCGUGAAAAGAGAAAAGACAGGGCAUUGUUAGCCUUGAAAAAGAAGAAAACACAAGAAGAAUUGUUGAAGCAAGUCGAUACAUGGCUCAUUAAUGUCGAACAACAGUUGGCAGAUAUUGAGCUGGUGAGCAAGCAGAAAGCUGUUUUUGAGAGUUUAAAGUCAGGUACUGAUGCAAUCAAGGCAAUACAAAGUGAGGUCAAUCUGGAUGAUGUUCAGAAGCUAAUGGAUGAUACCGCUGAAGCUAAAGCUUAUCAAGAUGAAAUUAAUGCUAUCUUGGGGGAGAAAUUAUCAGCAGAAGACGAAGAGGAGAUUUUAGCUGAAUUUGAGAACAUGGAAACUCAGAUGGCCGUUCAAGACUUGCCAGAAGUGCCCACUACAAAGCUGUCUGAGGAACAGGAGAAGUUGGACCUUCCUGACGUACCAACAAAACCACCUGUGCUUGUGGACGAUGCUGAAAUUGCUUCUGCUGAGGCCUCCACCAAGAGAAAAGUUUUGGAGGAACCAUUGCCAGCAUGA